CUUUUGUCUUCUUUCAUUGGAAAAACAAUGAAGUUAAUUAACGUAAUAUUUCUAGUAACSCUGUGCACUAMCCUCACUUUUGCACGGGUAUUGCCUCCCAAAACCGAGGAAAAGGCUAUUUCCCCCGAUGCUGGUCAGGAAACUGACAAAGAUAACACAGAGAGCGAUGGAUCUGGUUCAGGAAUGGAAAUGUUCGACUCCAGUGGAGAAGGCUCGGCUAGUGGCGACGAAGAACAGAAUGACGAGGCUGUCCAGCUUCCUCGUCCAAUGCAGUUCCCUUUUUCGAACUUUAAAGGCCCCGUGACAAUCACCCCUAUGGAGCCCGGAAUCAAUAACGAAAAGCCAGUCCAUAGGCCGUGUUACAUGUGCUUCCCGAGAGGACGUUUAGGACGCGUCGAAGUUACAGCACCUGGUGGACCUUUCUUAAUGAAUAAGUUCGGGCUCGUUGGAUAUGGUAUGGGGUAUGGUAUGGGACCUCCACCCAUGGGUCCAGUAGGGAAUCCAGAUAUGGGAUUUCCUGAAUAUGGACCAUUUGGACCACAAGGACCGUGUGGUCCUGACGGUCCAUGUGAUGAUAAUGAUGGAGAUGACGAUACCUCGGAUUCAUAUGAAUUUCAAGAAAUGUCUGAAGGCAACGAAUCCCCACAUCCAAAACCACAUCACACCAGUCCAAAAGUUAUGGAUAAAGCACCAAGCAAAGGAGCAGCAGUACACCCAGCAGGGGSCAAACCAAUUGCUGCUGCUGCGCCUAAAGYACCACAGAAUGCAGCCCCGUUGAAAGGUGUUGCCGAUGAGCUCGUUAAGAAACCAGUUGCUGAACUGUCAGUAACCCUGGCUGGUAAUGGUGCCCAGACCGCUCAACCAGCACAACAGCAAGGAAACGAUAAAGCUCAAUUCGUCCAACAACAGCCAGCUCAAGCACAACAAGCACAAGCAGAUCAGACACAACAACAACAACAGCAAGUAGUACAACAACAACCAGCACAACAAGCAGCACCUGCACAAUAAAAUAGGUUGACAGACACUGCACCUACGAUAGACUUCUAAAGCAAAUAAGGAGUUGCACUCACUGUAACUUAUUUAUCUCAAAGUUUUAGAAGUAACUGCUAUAUCUCACGUUUUAGUGAAAAUGUAUGUUAUUUUUGAAUUGCAAUUAUAUUUUCUUUUGAAAAUAUUUGAUUUUGAUGAACGAAACGUUUGUAAUAAUUUGCAUGAGUCAUCAAAAUGUAAUUUAUUUUUCUAAUAAAUAAAUUCAUUUUCUUGA